GCCCGCCUCUCAGGCUCGGCGCUGCGGGGGCGGGCCUACGGCAGUGGGUAGGCUCGGGCCUUGCGGCCUGGCCUUAAGUCAUCUGCGGGGCGGUUUGCCACCUUUCCACCACCUUUAGCAUUCCCUGGUUUUGGUGGGGGAGAUGGAGCCGGUGACCGUCGCGCCUGACAGCGGCGACCGGCCAGGGGCUCCGGCGAACUCAGGGCUGUCGGCUUCCCAGCGUCGGGCCGAGCUGCGGCGGAGGAAGCUGCUUAUGAACUCGGAACAGCGCAUCAACCGGAUCAUGGGCUUUCACAGGCCCGGGAGUGGCACGGAAGACGAAGGUCAAACAAAAUCAAAGCAGCAGGACAGUGACAAAUUGAACUCCCUCACCAUUCCUUCAGUUUCAAAGCGAGUAGUGCUGGGCGAUGCGAUCAGUACAGGAACGACUGACCAGCAAAGUGGUGUGGCCGAGGUAAAGGGGACUCAGCUGGGAGACAAAUUGGACUCUUUCAUUAAACCACCUGAGUGUAUUAAUGAUGUAAACCUUGAGCUCCGGCAGCGGAACAGAGGGGACCUGACAGCAGACACUAUCCAGAGGGGUUCUCGCCAUGGCCUUGAACAAUACCUCUCCAGAUUUGAAGAAGCAAUGAAGCUACGGAAACAGCUGAUUAGUGAAAAACCCAAUCAAGAAGAUGGAAAUACAACAGAAGAAUUUGACUCUUUUCGAAUAUUUAGAUUGGUGGGAUGUGCUCUUCUUGCCUUUGGAGUCAGAGCUUUUGUUUGCAAAUACUUGUCUAUAUUUGCUCCGUUUCUUACUUUACAACUUGCGUACAUGGGACUAUACAAAUAUUUUCCCAAGGGUGAAAAGAAGAUAAAGACAACCGUACUAACAGCUGCUCUUCUAUUAUCUGGAAUUCCUGCUGAAGUGAUAAAUCGAUCCAUGGAUACCUAUAGCAAAAUGGGCGAAGUUUUCACAGAUCUCUGUGUCUACUUUUUCACUUUUAUCUUUUGUCAUGAACUCCUUAAUUACUGGGGCUCUGAGGUACCAUGAAGCCUGCAGCACUCAGCAGGAGAAGCUUACCAAAAAGCACCUUCUCUUUGAUACUGCAGUGUCUCUAAGGAGGCAGAUGGCUUUACACCUUUAUGUAAUUCUUGUACUUGAUAGGGGUUGUAAAAUCAUUUGAUUAGGAAUGGAAUGGCAGGUUCCCUGAUUUAAAAGCGUUGAGUUUGUCUUAAUACUGUUGUGAAGAAUAGACUUCCAUUGUCAUUAAUUGACUUUUCUUGUAUGAUUAGAAUCCCUAGUCUCUACCUUCCUCUAACUUCUAAGAUUUGUAAUUUCUCUUUUGGGAGCUGAGCUGCUGCUUUUAGGAGAGCACAUGAAUACGGUCUCAUCCAGCCCCAAGGGCUGCAACUUGUAUGCAACUUGUAUUUGUGUUACUCUGUCCUGAGAAAUGGAGCCAUCUUAAAAAUAAAAUGAGAGAAACUGAA